AUGGCUUCAGAGGAGCCGCCGGAUCUCGGAAAAUCUCCGAUGAGGGUUGAUAGAGUUCAGGAAGAGGUUAGCGAAGAGGUGGUUAGCGAUGCGAUGGUUAGCGAUGCGAUGGUGGGUAUUGUUCGGGAUUUGGGGAAGGUUUUGAAGAAGUAUGAAGUGGAUAUUUCGAAUCAAGAUGGUAUACACACGGUUAAGAUUCCGGAUGAGAUCAUCAAGAACUCGACUCCGCUUUGGGAGGAUUUUGUGGUGGGGAAGUUUCUCGAUUUGGCUCCUCAUGUAGCUAAAGUCCAUAUGGUACUAAACAAUAUCUGGAAGUAUGGUGAUUCUACUACAAAGGUUGAGGUGUAUGAGGUGAAUCCAACCACGAUGCGCUUCAAAGUUUCGAGUCAGAGGGCGAGAGAAAAGAUCUUUCGUUGUGGUAUGUGGAACAUUGCGGGAGUCCCUAUGAUUGUUUCAAAAUGGUCCCCGAGCUCUGAGGAAGAGAAACAGGAGGAGGAAGCAAUACCAAUGUGGGUUCAUGUGGAGAAAGUUUCUCUCCAUAUGUAUUCAUGGGAAGGAUUAAAUUUUAUCACAAGUACUGUGGGUGUUCCGGUGAAGCUCCAUCCAGAGACCAUAGCUUGUACCAACCUGGAGAAGCAUAUAACAUUCACAAAAGAAGGGAAAAGUUUUACUACUGCCUACUAUUACCCUUGGUUACCAGCAAGAUGCAAGUUUUGCGAGAAAUGGGGACACAGUGAAUCUGUUUGUGCAGCUAAGGGGAAGGAAAGGAAGCGGAAGGAAGGUACUGGAUCACCAUUACCUAAUGGAAACUCUAUGAGGAAGGAAACUGUAAGGAAAGAAUCAGGAGGAGGAAGUUCUGAGGGUAGUGAACAGAGAGUUAAGAGGCAGGAAGAUGAAGCCUACUAUUGUGGAAAGUCAGGAAGAUUGGUUACAUCUGCUUCGCGAAUUGAGGAGGUUGUGAUACCAGCAUCAAAAUACUCGGUGUUAAGUGUGGAUGUUGAAGAAGAAGAAGGGGAAAUUGUUGCUAUAGGAACAUCUUCUAUAGUAAAGGAAGCAAGUGAAAAUUUGGAGGAGCUCGAAGUAUCAGAAAGUGAGUUGCAAGAUGAUGAUAAUGUGAUGCAACAGGUUAGAGAAGAGGUUAAAGUGGGGAAGAGAAGAGGUCGAAAGCCUAGAGAUCCGGAUGAAAAUCUAGGGAAAGGCACUAGGGCUCUUCGACGUAAGCAUUAA